AUGCCUCGGGGGACACUACUUCUAGAUGGACUCUGGCACUGUCUCUGUCCAUCUUUCAGUCUUGAUACUUUUGCCCACACCGCAUCUCCGAUCAUCAGAAAGACUCGUCGCCCCAGAUUUGCGCUCGUCCCAGGAAAUUCAACAUCGGCUCCGGCAUGGCGAUGCUUAAGCAGCCUUACCGCAAACCACCAGGAACACAAUGCAGAGAAGGAACGCAAACCGGAAGAGAAUGAAAAUGAUAUUUCACGAUCUCGAAAACGAGCUUCUCGCCAGUCACGGCGACAGAACAACCGCGCCCCGGGAUUGUCCCAGGUCCCCGAUACACUCAAGAGAAAGCCGACGGCGAGGCUAGAAGCGCAACUGCAAGAAUUAACGACCAAGCGCCCCAAGGUUGUAGGCGCAGUUCAGAUUCUACGAGCGCUCAUUAGAGACCGACAUGUGCGUCCCGACACGCGGCAUUACAAGGCGUUGAUAUUGGCCAAUACAGAUUCGGAGCGUGGUUCGCCCGAGAACGUUCGGGAUCUGUUGUCGGAGAUGGAGGAGAAUAAGAUAACUGCAGAUUCCGGGACUUUGCAUGCUGCCUUACAGGUCCUUGCGGUUCACCCGGAUUACGUAUUGCGACAGGAAAUCCUACACACUUUACGAGAUCGAUGGCUGCCCUUAAGCCCUACCGGCUGGCAUUACGUGGUGGCUGGCCUUGUGCGGGAACACCAGUUUGAACUGGCCUUGGACCAUCUUGAGAAGAUGGAGGUCAAAGAGAUCAUGGUCGAGAACUGGCUAUACAGUCUGUUCAUAUACUAUCUGUGUGAUUUUGAAGAGUUCGACGAGGUAGUACGGCUGAUGCGUCUGCGAGCCAGCCGAGGCCAUGACAUGACGCCAGAUUUGUGGCUAUACGUGCUGGAUGCGGCGAGCGCUGCUACUCACCAUGAAGCCACCUUCUAUGUAUGGAGGCAAAUGGUGGAACUGAGAUAUUUGAAGCCCUCACAUGGGAUCUGCAAAAAUGUUAUGACGACCGCAUUGCAUGCUGGGAAUACGAAGCUUGCUACAUCGGUGAUCGAAUUCCUUGUUGAAAUCGACGUAGCGCCGGGCCUGGAGGACUACGAGAAACUGGCCGAAACCUACCUCAAGACCGGGGAUCUGUGUGCAGGGUUCGAGGUUUGGUGUCAAAUGCAUGCAGAGGGAAUUGCACUGGAGGAAAGUUCAACCGAUGGCUUCCUCGACCACAUGAUCCAGACUAGAACUCAUCCGCGCGAUGCUUGGGCCAUGCUCAAGCGGUUGAAAGAGCUGGGAUACGAGAUCCCCCUGCGUUGCGCCCUGGUGGUGAUUCAAACGUGCGAGCGGGAGGCACUCGGUGACCCUUCCAUAGUGGAUGAUGGAAUUGCACUAUAUAAGGAGCUUUAUGCGCUAUGUCCGACCAAGGCCGACGCAUCGAUUUACAACUCCCUAAUUGGGAUGUGCCGGCGAGCGAAAGCCCCCGACGCUGGCAUGUUUGUCGUUAACGAGAUGGCAUCUCUCGCAGUGGUACCUAACAGCAUGACAUUUCAGCAUCUCAUCGUUAUUUGCUUGGAUGCAGGCAAUUUCAAAUCCGCAAUCAUGUAUUUCCAGGACAUGCUGGAUCGAGAUUUCACUCCCGACGAGGAGGUGUGCGUGGAGAUCCGAGAGCUCUGUUCCAGGUCCACCAGCGAGUAUGCACUCCAAUUGAGAUAUCACCCGCUUAUCAGGGAUGAAGUGAUACAGCUACCGCGUCGUGACACAGGAUCUUCCGAAGGAUCCCCACCCUUGUUUAAGAAGAUCUAUUCAUAUCCACCGCCCGAGUAUGCUAAUCUUCCGCGACGCCAGAUCAGGCGACCGAUGACGCGGGAAGAACAGUAUGCACAACGCCUUGCUGCGAAUAAAGAAAGGCGAAAGCGGAAGAGACGGCGACUGGCCAUCGAGAAGACUCGAGCCGAAGAAGGAUGGGAGGACUAUGAGCCCGGGGGGUUGAUCCCCGAGACAGGUCCAGCGAGUAACCCACUGUAA